UAUUUUUAUGGUAUCAUGGAGCUGACUGUGCUAGGUGAUCGAUUUUCUGACAACUCUUUGAACCUUUUCAAGUACGCGCUGGAGAAUUUGUUACUUGUUUACGUGGUCCUAUCGGGGAUUUCCUCCGGCUUCCUUCCCUCAGAACUUUCCUCAUCCUGCAUUACGCCCGCCGGAGAGAAUGGAACGAGUUCAUCCGGCUGGAGGUCCGUAAAAGCGCGGAAUAAGGAGGAUCAGGAUCCAUUUGAAUUUGAGUACUUAGUCACUGGUGGAUAUCGAAAAAAAGUGAAUAAUUUUUUGAAGCAUACUGUAUCACUGCGAUAUUAUAAAAUUAAGCAAUUCUUUGGGGACAAUCACUUUUGCGCAGGAGCCAUUAUACACAGAAAAUGUAUUAUUACAGCUGCCCACUGUCUAUUCAAAUCAGGAAAAUUGAUAGAUGCUGAUAAUGUAACGGUGGUGGCAGGCACCCCCAACAGGCUAGAGGAGGUCGAAACCACUCAGAUGACUAAGGCAAAGAGGCUUAUACCACAUCCCCGUUUCAACCGAAAAAAGGUCAUCCAGUGUGACAUUGGAUUGGUGUUUCUUAAUACAGACUUUAUCCUGGGUCCAUAUGUCGCCGUUAUCCCUCUAGCCCACAGAGCACCGGUUACAAACUUGGACUGUACUGUAGUGGGUUGGGGAAGAGUUAUCCAGUUUGGACCUUCUCCAGAUGGAGCUGUAAAUAUUGACAUAAAAGUGCGUUCAAAGGCCUUAUGCGAAGAUAUGCCCGCAUGGACUCCAGAAGGUAUGAUCUGUGGCGGGGAUCCAAAAUUCUUCGAAGUGGACAGUUGCCAGGGUGAUUCUGGAGGGCCACUAUAUUGUGACUCAAGUUUGUAUGGCAUUGUCUCUUUCGGGCGUGGUUGUGGAUAUCCUGGCUCAAGUGGGGUCUACACUGAUGUAUUUCACUUUCGGGAUUGGCUGGAGCCCGGCACCCGGGGCCUAUGGCCGAAAAGUUAUUCCGGAAGUCCGCCUUCAUUAUUCCGCAGCUUCAAAGGGAAGACAGUAAAAUUUAUGGCGUCUGUAUUUUUGUAUAACGUGUUAGUAAUGUAACGGAUAACGUUAUGAGUAAUAUUUAAAUAAAAGAAGAAAGGAAAGAUAACUUCG